GCCAGACUUCAUCGACACACCCCGCCGCAGCACAACAUGGGCGUCGCAAAGAAGACGCGGAAGUUUGUGGCCGUCAAGCGCGUUAUUGGCCAGCGCGAUGCCCGCCUGAAGAAGAAUCAGCUCGCUGGUGCCGUCGAAGUCAAGAAGAAGGCAGACGAACUCAUUCGCGAAGUCCCCCAGCAGUCCUCCGCCCUCUUCUUCCAGGCCAACACCGCCCUAGUCCCGCCGUACAAUGUCCUAGUCGACACCAACUUCCUCUCCCACACUGUCCGCGCCAAGCUAGAAAUGCUACCGAGCAUCAUGAACUGUCUCUAUGCUAAAGCAACACCCAUCAUUACGGAUUGCGUCAUGGGCGAGCUCGAGAGGUUAGGGCCGAAAUACCGCAUAGCCUUGAGGAUUGCGAGGGAUGAGAAAUUUGAGCGGCUAGCAUGCGACCACAAAGGCAUUUAUGCCGACGACUGCAUUCAUGAUCGGGUCGUCAAGCAUCGAAUCUACAUUGUGGCCACCAAUGACAGAGAUUUGAAGCGGAGAAUAAGGAAGGUCCCCGGUGUACCUAUUAUGUCCGUUGCUAAGGGCAAAUAUGUUAUUGAACGCCUACCCGAUGCCCCGGAGGGCAAAUGAUGGACCAAAACACGGUCUGAUUUGCUGCAUAGCGAGGCGUUAGGUGUCAGAUUUACAAAAUUGCAUAGUCAUGGUGUUCACACGGGUCCUGAGGGUUGAUAUCAGUAAACUAUUAACGGUCAAAAUGGAAAGGAAAAGCGAGCAUCUGGUUGCAUAUCGACAGACGAGUCGGGUGGCUUCUAAACCCGCCAAAUGACCGAUAGGUUGGCUUCAUUGCUAAGGAAUCAGACGAGCUACAGCUGGAGUUCAGCUCUC